AAGAGAGAGAGCCGGAGACAAGAGAAGGAGGCACACUGGGUGGAAAGGGAGAGGAAAGAGAGAAAACAGCGAGGAGGAAUUUACAACAAGCUAACCCGUGGCAAGUCAUUAGUAACUGGACUGGGGGAGAAAGAGAGAGAGAGAGUUUAGAAAUAUAGGUAUGAGGCUUGAGAGAGUGUGAACAACUGACAGGUACAGAUAAAAGUGAAAUAGACUGAGACAGACAGAGCGGGUGAGGAAGAAAAGUGGAAAAGAGGGAGACUAGGACCAGAAGCUGGUGUCUUUUUAAACACAGAUAGACAGACAGACAGACAGACAGAUACCAUGUUGCCCAUCUUCCUCAUCCUUUACACCACUGGGGGUGUGUGGGGGUCCAGCCGAAUGAUGGGGGGUUACAGCCGGGGGAAGGAGCGGCCCUCAACCAGAGCAGGGGUGGGACUGUGCCCCUCUGCAUGCCAGUGCGAGGAGGAUGACAUCUUUGUACUGGUGGACUGCUCUGAGAUGGGACUAUCUGCUGUUCCCUCCACCCUGAGCCCACUGACCACCUACCUUGACCUGAGCAUGAACAACAUCAGUGAAAUUCAGCCCAGAGCCUUCCACAGACUGCAUCUGCUAACCGAACUGCGCAUCUCUGGAAACCAGCUGAGGUAUAUCUCUGGCCACGCCCUCCAGGGUCUUCACAACCUCAAAGUCCUGAUGCUGCAAAACAACCAGUUAGAGAGAUUGCCUGAAGAUGCACCAUGGGACCUACCCAACCUCCUGUCCUUGAGACUGGAUGCCAACCUGCUGUCGGCAGUCCCCCCAGAGGCGUUCCGCGGCGUGCGCUCCCUCAGGCACCUGUGGCUGGACGACAACUCCCUGAGGGAGAUCCCCGUGGGGGCGCUGGAUGCCCUGCCCUCCCUCCAGGCCAUGACCCUGGCCCUCAACAAGAUCACGCACAUCCCCGACUACGCCUUCACCAACCUGACCGCCCUCGUUGUGCUACAUCUCCAUCACAACCAGAUCCAAGGUUUGGGCCAGAGGUGCUUUGAGGGCCUAAGCAGUCUGGAAACACUGGACUUGAACUACAACAAUCUCCAGGAGUUUCCUGUGGCCAUCAGGACCCUUACCAAGCUGCAGGAACUGGGUUUUCACAACAACAACAUCCAAGCUAUCCCUGAGAGAGCCUUUGUGGGUAACCCCCAGCUACAGACCAUACACUUCUAUGAGAACCCAAUCCAGUUUGUGGGCAGAUCUGCUUUCCAGUUCCUUCCCAAGCUGCACACGCUCUCCCUGAACGGAGCGACACAAAUACGAGAGUUCCCCGACCUGAAAGGAACCACCAGCCUGGAAAUACUGACAUUGACCAGAGCGGGUCUCUCUGCUCUCCCUCAGGGCCUGUGUCAACAGCUGCCUCAUCUCAGAGUGUUGGAGCUGUCUCGUAACCAGAUUGAGGAACUGCUCGGCUUCUACCAUUGCUCAGUGCUACAGGAGAUAGGUCUGCAGCACAACCAACUCAGGAGGAUCGAGAUUAAUACAUUCCAGCAACUCAGCUCUCUAAGGGUUCUGGACCUGAGCUGUAACAGCAUUGAGUGGAUCCACCCAGAAGCAUUCACUUCCCUUCACUCAUUGAUCAAGCUGGACCUGACGGAGAACCAUCUGAGCACGAUGCCGGUGGGGGGUCUGGGGGGACUCACUCACCUCAAACUAAGGGGGAACGUGGAGCUGUAUGAGGCAUUCAACCCCGACCACUUCCCCCGCAUGAGGGUGAUUGAGAUGCCGUAUGCCUAUCAGUGCUGUGUCUACGGGUCAUGUGACAGCUAUAAGUCAUCCAGCCAAUGGGACACAGAACUGGGCAACGAGGAGGAGGAGUUGCACAAGAGGACAGUGGCCUUAUACCCUAUUCAUGCGGACACACACUAUGACCUUGACCUAGAGGAGUUCCAGCAGGAGUUAGAGGAGGCCAAACUGCAGACUAGUGUCCAGUGUACACCUAUCCCAGGUCCAUUCCGUCCUUGUGAUUCUCUGCUAGGCAGCUGGCUGGUGCGUGUAGGCCUGUGGUCCAUCUCCCUGGUGUCUCUCCUGGGAAACGCUCUCCUGCUCCUGUCUCUCUUCGGCUCAGCGGGCUACCUAUCCCCCCUCCGCUUCACCGUGGCCUGCAUGGGGGCAUCCAACCUCCUGACAGGCGUGUGCACCUGCACACUGGCCCUGGUCGAUGCCCUGACCCUGGGUGAGUUUGGUCGUCACGGCGCCCGCUGGGAAGGCGGGCCCGGUUGCCAGGCGACAGGCUGGGUGUGGGUGUUUGCGUCCGAGGCCAGCGUGCUGCUGCUGACCCUGGCUGCCUUGCAGUGCGGCGUGAGCGUCACGUGCGCACGCGCCUGCCGCAAGUCUCCCUCUCUGGGCGUGCGCACGUGCACGCUAUUCUGCCUCACCCUCUCUCUUGUGCUGGCGUCCCUCCCCCUGGCUGGCGUGGGAGAGUACGGCUCCUCCCCCCUGUGUUUGCCCUCCCCCCUGCCCCCCCCAGCCACUCGCCCCACAGCCGCACUGGGCUUUCCUCUGGCCCUCAUCAUGAUGAACACCUUGUGUCUGCUGAUAGUGACCGGCUCCUACAUCCGCCUCUACUGGGAGCUGCUGAGGGGGGAGUGUGAGGGUCUGUGGGACUGUGCCAUGAUCAAACACGUGGCUUGGCUGAUCUUCACCAACGGCCUGCUCUACAUACCUGUGGCCUUCCUUUCCCUCUGCUCCCUGCUGGGUCUACUCCCUCUGGGCGAGGAGGUGCUCAAAUCAGUCCUCCUGCUCCUCCAACCUCUCCCUUCUUGCCUCAACCCCCUCCUCUUCCUCCUCUUCACUCGUGACCAAACCCAGUUCCUGCUGUGGCCCCACCCCAAGGUACGCUUGCAGCUGCGCCGUGACUGCACCCUCGACUCGCUGGUCUCCAUGGAGACCGAAAAGAGUUCAUGCUCCAACUCGUCCACCCAGUCUCUCACCGAGGGUGAUGCACUCUAUGCCAGGGGCUCCGGCCAGCUGGAGCCAAACAGAUUUUCCCACUGCUCGUCCACUUCCUCCUCCUCGUCGGUGCCUCUCAUCCCCUACCAGACGCCCAUUGUGCGCGACAGAGAGAGGAACACAGAAGGAGGCGCUGUGAAAGAUGACAGUUUCCUGAAGAUGAGUAAACAUGAGACAAAGCACCGGCAUUGUAUCACAGUGCUUACCCUCCCUCACUGACCUGUCACCCCUGAACGACUGGUUGAGCAGCUGGCUGGCUAUCUGGUGUUAUGGCUAACUGGCUGGGACCCUAUGGAAUUGGAGCAUCAAAUAACAACAGCAAAGACUAUAUGGGUCCCAUACAAACAGGGGCCACAGAAACUGUGAGUGAAUACGCCACUCACUAAUUGUCCCUAACAGUGCAGUCCAAAGUACCUUUAAUAGUCCAUUGAGGGAGAAGACCCAAAUGAAUCGAAACUCAAAGUCAAGACAUCUGGAAAACUGAUCAAAUGAGGAAUUCAAAGAUGCAGACAAGUCUGUUUAGUAAAGCACAAAUUAGAGCCAGGUACUCUGCAGUGUAGAAAAGACCACCUAAACCAAGACCAAAUCACUCAUGACCAAGACAAGAGUAUGGUGACUAAUACAAGACCAAGACUUUGAGACUUUGAGACCAUGGCAGGGCGAGGCCGAGUCAGGUCCAAGGCUGGAUAAUUUUAUUAUCGUGGCACUGAAAUAACAUAAAUACCGUAUUUUUCUGAAAAUACGCCACAUUUUCUAUAAACCGCACCCCACCACAAUGGGAGCUUUGUGUUUGUAAAUCUGAGUAUAAACCGCACUGGAAUAUAUGCCGGGAACAAUGAUACCAAUGCACGAGUAUAGGCGAUUUUACAGCAUGCCGUUGCAACACACUUUGAAAACGAAAGUGCGUAAUGUAUGUUUUCAAUUACCCGGGAAUGAACUAAUAUUUACCUUUAGUCGCGUAAGUUCUAAAUAUUUCCGACGGUCCCCAAAGCUUAAGUUAAUUUUCCGAAACGGUAGCUAGCUAGCUUUAGUUAGCUUCCGGGCUAAGUUAGCUAGCAUAAUACUCGUAGCAAUGCUACUACUAUGCUAGUGUUACUUGUUAGCCUUCUCAUUAAUAGCUACAUUUUGAAGCCUGUUUUGUUAUAAAAACAUUAUAUAAGCCGCUUUGAAAUAUAAGCCUCACCACCACAAGAAUUUUUUUAAAUCGAGGUAUAAACCGCGGCUUUAUUUCCGAAAAAUACUGUAAUCUUAGCGUGUAAUAGGCUCUGUGCACGAUCGUACUGACAAACU